AUGUUUGAUCAGAGUCGUGCCUUUGCAGAAGAGAGAAGAGCCAUCGAGAAAGGGGAUUGUGUGAAGAAGUCAGGCGUCCUUGCAAAAUUGGACCUGAUCUUGGUGAACGGUCUUCUUCAUGUUGGUGGACAUCUAAGUAGAGCACCUCUGCAUGAUGACUCAAAGCACCAGAUAAUUAUUGGCAAAGAUUCUCCUCUUGCCCGGCUUCUGAUCCAGCACUUUCACCAGAAGAGUGGUCACUCUAGCAGAGAAUAUGUUCUGUCCAUCUUGAGAGAAAGUUUUUGGCUCAUCCGUGCCAAUCUUACCAUGCGAAGUGUACUUGCAUCUUGCCUUGGUUGUAGACGGCAUCAGGGCACUUUUGGAGAGCAAAAGAUGGCCAAUUUGCCACACCCUCGAGUGACCUCAGAUCAACCCCCUUCACUUGUGUGGAAAUAG